AAGUAAAUAUCACUGCAAGAAACCCUCAACCCCUUGAGAUCUAACCUCACUUUCAGACAGUGUCUCCACUUCACUUCACUUCAACUCAAGUCAACAAUGGCGAAUCGCUUAACCCUCAUCCUCUUUCUUUCCACACUCCUCAUCCUCUCUCACUUCACCCCACUGUCUCUCUCUAAACAAACCUCCCCCGAUGAAGACGACGACGAAGACCUCAGCUUCCUCGAAGAACCCGAACCAGAACCUUCACCCACCUCAACCCACGAUCCAGAUCUCCCAGAUUUCGACGAAUUCGCCGGAGACGAAGAUGACGACUUCGACAACUACAACUACGACGAAGAAGGCGACGACGACUUCGAACUCCCUUCAGAUUUCAAAUACGAAGAAGAUGUAUCCAACACGAUUGAUGAUGCUGACGUUGUGGUUUUAACUGAGGGUAACUUUAGUGAUGUCAUUGAGAGUAACCGGUUCGUGAUGGUGGAGUUUUAUGCUCCGUGGUGUGGGCAUUGUCAGGCUCUGGCUCCUGAGUACGCUGCUGCUGCUACUGAGUUGAAAAGUGAACCGGUUGUGCUUGCGAAAGUUGAUGCGCAAGAAGAGAGUGAGCUUGCUGAGAGUUAUGAGGUCCAGGGGUUUCCUACGGUUUUGUUUUUUGUUGAUGGGGUUCAUAAGCCGUAUCUUGGUCAACGAACAAAAGACGCUAUAGUAACUUGGAUCAAGAAAAAGACUGGACCCGGGGUGUACAACAUAACGACUGUAGACGAUGCGGAGAAAGUUCUUACAUCCGAGGACAGAGUUGUUUUGGCCUUCCUCGACUCUUUGGUGGGUACGGAAAGUGAGGAACUUGUUGCAGCUUCAAGGCUUGACGAUGAUGUCAACUUUUAUCAAACAGUAGAUCCUAACGUGGCCAAGCUUUUCCACAUAAAUCCUGAUGUCAAACGUCCCGCUUUGGUCUUGCUAAAAAAGGAAGCGGAGAAAGUGACACAUCAUGAUGGUCUUUUCGAAAAGGAAUCAAUUAAGGAGUUCGUUUUCGCAAACAAACUUCCCCUAGUGACAACUUUUUCACGAGAAAGCGGAACUUUAAUUUUUGAAAGCCCAAUAAAGAAACAGGUUUUGUUAUUUGCAACUUCAAAGGGUUCAACUAAGGUUAAACAAACAUUCGAGGAUGCUGCAAAGUUAUUUAAGGGGAAGCUUAUCUUUGUAUUUGUUGAACUGGACAAUGAAGAUGUCGGAAAACCUGUUGCGGAUUAUUUUGGCAUCACAGGAGACGCUCCACAAGUUCUUGCAUAUACCGGAAAUGAUGAUGCUAAGAAGUUUGUAUUUGACCAAGAUUUGACCCUUGAAAACCUCAAGGUUUUCGGAGAAGUCUUUUUAAACGACAAGCUUAAACCUGUGUACAAGUCAGAUCCUAUUCCCGAGCAGAAUGACGGUGAUGUUAAAAUAGUAGUUGGGAAUAACUUCGAUGAUAUUGUCUUGGAUGAAUCAAAAGAUGUUCUUCUAGAGAUUUAUGCACCAUGGUGUGGGCAUUGCCAAGCUCUAGAACCGACAUACAACAAGCUUGCUAUGCAUUUACGCGAUAUUGACUCUUUGGUAAUAGCAAAGAUGGACGGAAGUACAAAUGAACAUCCCCGGGCAAAGGCCGAUGGGUACCCCACAAUUCUUUUCUACCCAGCGGGAAACAAAAGCUCGGAUCCUAUAUCUGUGGAUGUUGAUCGAACUGUAGUGGCGUUCUACAAGUUUCUCAAGAAACAUGCUUCGAUCCCCUUUAAGCUUCAGAAACCAACUUAUACUGAUGCCAAAGAAAGCGACACUAAAAUCGACCAGAAAGAUGAAUUAUGACUAUAGUCUAUGUUUGUAGUUUAUAUGUAGACGUUGCAACAUGAUUUCUAAUACAUGAAAUGGAAGUUGAAGACAGAAUACACAAUAAUUAUUGUAGUGUAAGAGUAGACGUUUCUUGAUACCACUUACGAGCUAUAUUAUUGCAUGUGUUUCUCUAA